GCAGAAAAAUUAAUGAAGCAAAUAGGAGUCAAGAAUGUAAAGCUGACUGAGUAUGAGAUGAGUAUUGCUGCCCAUCUGGUUGAUCCUCUAAACAUAUCCGUUAGUUGGAAAGAUAUUGCAGGCUUGGAUGAACUCGUUAAUGAAAUUAAAGAUACUGUUAUUUUGCCAAUUAAGAAGAAACAUCUAUUUGAGGGUUCAAGACUGCUGCAGCCACCAAAAGGUGUUCUCCUGUAUGGUCCCCCUGGUUGUGGCAAAACUCUGAUUGCCAAGGCUACUGCAAAGGAAGCUUCAUGUCGCUUCAUUAACCUACAGCCAUCCACACUAACUGACAAGUGGUAUGGAGAAUCCCAGAAGCUAGCAGCUGCUGUUUUCUCUCUGGCUAUUAAGCUGGAACCCUCCAUCAUCUUUAUUGAUGAAAUAGAUUCUUUCCUACGGAGUCGCUCAAGUUCUGAUCAUGAAGCUACAGCUAUGAUGAAAGCCCAGUUCAUGAGUCUCUGGGAUGGUCUGGAUACAGACUACAGUUCUCAGGUUGUGGUGAUGGGAGCUACUAAUCGUCCUCAGGAUCUUGACACUGCUAUCUUAAGAAGAAUGCCUGCACGGUUUAAUGUUAACCUCCCUACUAUACGCCAGCGGGAAGCAAUACUGGACCUCAUACUGAGAGAUGAAAAGGUGGACAGUAAUGUGAACCUCUGGGAGGUUGCCAAGGAAACUGAAGGGUUCUCAGGAAGUGAUCUGAAAGAAAUGUGUCGUGAUGCAGCUCUUUUUUGUGUUCGGGAGUAUGUUCACAAUUCCAGUACAGAAGACAGGCCAGAUGCAGAUGAAAUCCGUCCAAUGACACAACAGGAUCUCAAGGCAGCCAUAAGUAAGAUGAAGAAAACCAAAGAAGCUGGAGUACAUACAUUACAGCAUGUCAGCUUAGACUGAAAGUGCAAGUAGCUCGAAUAACUUUUCAUGUACAGGGAAAUCUUCCUUCUUUGGUUUCUCCACUAUACAGCAAGUAGUGAAUGGAAUGAAUAAAGCUCAAAUAGGAAUAUG